AUGGAGGCUUGCUACGAGUCCUACCUGCACUCCUCCGCAGCACAGUUCCGGCGGCGAGAAUGUCCCCUUUGCAAGAAGCCUGUGUCUAGCAGAUGCCCCGAGGCUCAGCUCCGAAAAAAGCAGAGCGAUUCGAUUCGCGCAGAGCAGCUGCAGGUGUCCGUGCUCCUGAGGGAUGCGAUCUCGCGCGAGAUGUUUGAGGAGCUGGAGGCACACACCUAUCGGAACUGGACAUGGGCAGCCACAAGCACACGCAUAACUCAUCCUGCACUGCUCGAUGCACAGGCCGGCGUGGUUCGAAGAGAGACCCUGGACUUUUUGCUGGCGCGCGAAGACACCGGCUCGCUAUUGCAGCUCCUGUCGCUUUUCACUACAGCCAUGACCCGGGAAGCCCAGACCGUGCAGGAUGUGGGCAUCCAGCUGGCGUUCAAGGAGCUGUCCAAGGCAUUGUUGGCGCUCCUGUCCCAAGAGCCAGUCCUCAACACGGGCUAUUGUACGCUCCUCGAGGUUUUGCAACAGCAAGUCCAGUUCCGGGCUUUGAAGCAGCAGCUGCUACUGUCGAACGGCCCUGGGGCACCUUGGGGCAAGGGCUCUUGUCACGUUUGGUCGCUCUUGUAUGUUCGCUCCGCAUCGGUUCGCAUCCCGAUCCCUUUGAUCAUCUCCUUCAAACUCACAGCAGUCUGUGACUCAGACGAGGCUGUUGAGACCCUGUCGCAGUACUGGUUGGAGCACCUCUUGGUCCCAAGCCAGCAGCACCCCGGCGCAGUUGCUGCAUUUGUGUUGUUGCCAGCUCUGAGCCUGGUGAGGGGGCAGUUUGGACAGCAAGUGGCCGACCUGGCGCCCCUCGGCCACAAGCAUGCAUGGUGGGGCUUUGCCCCGCCUUGUGCCCUCGCGCUCCGGUGUGAGGCGUCGGCCCUGCUCCCGCAGCUGAGUGAUGGCCCCGUGCUGCGUCUCGCAGUUCUCGUGCUUGAAGCCGCAGUGAUGGGCCUGGCUGGCGCGCGGUGGCAACUUCAAAGGGAGCACCUUGCCAUCUUCAGACCUGCGUCCGCACACCAGACGCAGAAACCGUCUGCAUUGGAGUUGCUCGAAUGUAGCAACAAUAAAUAA